AUGAAGUGCAAUUUUUGUUACCUGACGAUAGUGCAUCCGGCGAUGCUUCUGGUGCUGGCGCUGGUGCUGGAAUUGGUCAGCAAACGAGCGCCGGUGGUACGGGCGUACAGCAGCGAUCCGCAUUUGUUUGAGAACCGAGACGGUUACAUAAUAGGCAAUUAUCUGCACGCCUCCGAGCAGGACAUUCGGGACUUCUUCUGGACCGGAUCCGGCGACGGACCGGCGGUUAAUCCGUUCGACCGGUUUCCAAUCAGUGAAGAUGCAAUCAUUAAAACGGCAACCGUGGUGGCGACGGUGUAUAUCGACCGGAACGACGGCGGUGCCGGCGGGGUCGGCGAUGACCUUUGCAUCUUCGAUUGCGCUCCUAUCGGCGGCGGCGGGGGCGGCGCCGGCACCGGUGACGGUAGCGAUCAGGCCAUUGACAACGUUACCCCGACGGAUCGGCGCUUCUGGCUCAUGACGGUAAUAGGUGGCCUGUUCGGCAAGAAGGAUUAUCCCGAGCUGGAAGGGAAACUGGCCAGACUGUACCGGGUGGCGUUCAGCAGACAACAAGCAUUACAUCUCGGAAUCAACAACAACACACUUCACAUGCAAUCGUCGUCGCACACGAAGGCGGACAAACGUCGAGCGAAAAGACGAGUUUCCUCAGCAGUCCAGUUGAGCGGUUCAGACGGGGAUACGAUGACGGGCCGAACGACACCGAUGGCAUCGAGUGGCCAGCGUGGGCAUCCUGCCGCUGCGAAUGUGCUUAUGAACGAACAGGUCUACACGUAUGAACGAUUCCGGCGGAAACGAGAGAAAAAAGUACACAAAAGACACACGGUGGACGACGGAUCCACUGGAGAUGAUGAGGAUAACCAACGAGUGGUGGUGGUGUCCGAGAAGAGUCCACUGGAAUCUGAUAUCGAUGAGCCCAUGCAGCAGUUGCAACGCGUAGGCGUGCACGAUGGAACAACACCACUUACGCGUAAUUAUGACAAGAGCGGCUACUCGAGCAAACGACGAGUUCGUAUUUUGAUACACAACACCACCCACUUGCGGGAGGGCGACAAUGACGAGGACCUGGGCCCGAUGACCGUCGAUUCGCCCAGAUCAAACCAACUGCUAAACCAAACGGAAAUAAUCUACUCGGUGUUUGUCGGAGGACAACCGGUGCUGGCCACGACAGCGGCCGAGGAUAUGAAGCUCAUGUCCCAGGAAGAGGUAGAACAUGUUAUGGAUGCGCAAGUUUUCCUGAAAGCCGAUCCAUACUUGAAGGAACCACAAGCAACACCGCUGAUUCCGUCCACGUACAAUGGCAACUCGAAUGUGAUUGCACUCAUCAGUCAGAAUCCGACGCUGUUUGUAAUGUCCUGCGUGGCAGCGGCGCUUUUUCUGAUGUUGCUGAUUGUAAUCUUUCUGGUGGCUCGCGAUAAGAGGAAGAACAUCAUCGAACUGAAGAAACUCGAGUCCACCCAAGCUCUCGUUAUGCCGGGCUGCACCGUCGAUGACCUGAAUACCGUUCGGUCGGACAGUGGCAGCAGUCAGCAUUCGCCCUUCACCAGGAAUCCAUCGGCAGUGAGUGUCAUCGGUUCGGAACCCCCGCAGAAACCAUCGCCAACAAUUCACUUCCCGUUGCCGCCAAUGUCUCGGCCAACUUCUUCGUCCAGCUACUCGUCCGAUUCCUCACUGUACUAUCCGAAGCGAAAGCUCAAACACCACACCCAGGAACUGCUGGACGAACGUGCCGUAACGCUGACGAACAAACUGCAGAAGCAGUUCGGUUCGCUGGUGGGUACCGAAAACGUUUACGCUUCGGUGCAAAAGUCGAAAAAGGAUCACCCCCACAAGAAGCGCAGAAAAUAUCUCGGCGAGAAUCGUGUUGGAUCCAUCGAUGGCGCUAUGCUGCACGCACCGGGAAGUCCGGUAACUAGCACCAGCAACAGCGCAAGUGGAUCCAGUGAACAAUCGUACGAUACCCGCCCUGUGAAACUGCCACCGUCCUUCGAUCACAACGAAACUUUCAACACGGAUGUAAUUAUGAAGCAUUACCUGAAAAAUAAAUCCGGAUACUACAACGAUGGGUUCACGAUGGAUGGUGGCUCGGUGGAGGCGAUCAAUAAAAACAAGAUUAAGUAUCUGGAACAGUGCGGACGGGCGUCCGUUGACACCGGGAGUAUCGGGUCCUAUCUAAGUAUGGCAUCGGUUAAAAGUUUUCCAAGGUGUUUCGUGCCGGAACCUCUCAGCCGAGUGUUGGAACCAGUAACAAUGACACACCUGGACCAAUCGGAAGCAGGUGAGGGAGGAAAAUCUACUGCUCCUGGAACUGCUUCUACUAGUCAGUACAAUACGGAUACGGAGAUACAGCUUUCGCGUAGCCAAAGUGAUGGAGCCGAUCCGGGGGUCGUUGGUCCGGUGGUAUGGCAAAUCCACAAGAAGGAGAUGGAAGAGAUGACCAGUCCACUUCGGGAUCCGGUAGUCACCCGAAAUCGUUUCGAGGGACUUUUGGAAGGAGCGAUAAAGCUGUAUUCCGAACCAGCAGAGAAGGAUGAAACCAAUAAAAACUCCAUCACGCUACCGGGCGUGAUACGCCCAACGGUGGAGCAUCGCGGGAAAUCGGCAGCUGUUGUAAGGUAACCGUAGUACAGACCAUCACCCCGCAGACAAACGUCCCGCGCGUGCUCGGCUACCGUCCGGCCAGUCACUGCGGUAGGACCGGCUCGUAGUAAGCGGGACAGUUCGAGACCACCGUCACCGGGUCGAGGUGCAUGGGCAAGCGGAACCCAUUCCCCACUGGUUAGGCCGAUGAGCGCGGGACCGUUCCACACUCCGUUGGCACCGCAGAGCGACAUCGCCCGCGUCACGGCUCCGAAGAGCGUCCUGCAGUCGACCGAACUGUCCACUGCCCCCCUGCUGCAGAAUAUCAUGCACGAACUGAAACGAUUCCAGCAUGAGUGA